AUGGAAGAGUUCAUCCUCAGGCAAUUUGCAUACCGUACAGGUUAUAUAUCGAGUAAUGAGACAAUCUGCGAUGGAUGCUUCCGCAUAUUUGAAAAUGGAGAAAUAGGUUUCCGGUGCAUGGAAUGCAGUGGAUAUAUGCUACCCGAAAGCACCACUCGGAAUGUUCGUCUGACAGAUGUGACUGCUACAGUUUUGGGACGUGUAAAUAACAAUGGAUUACUUGCCAUCUCAAAUACAACUCCAUACUAUGGUUAUGAUCUGUGCCUUAUUUGUGCAAAAAAUCGAACAUUACAUAGGCAUCAUCAAUUUACAUUGAUGACUUAUCAAAUGAUUUAA